CAGCAGCAGCAGCAGCAGCAGCCUUAGCCUUUCAAACGCUCACCUCCGUAAGUUGACAAAGAGGAGGGGUGUUGAUGACUGACAGGAAAGGAUGUCUCGUGUCCCUCUGGGGAAGGUCCUUCUGCGAAAUGUCAUCCGUCACACUGAUGCACACAACAAGAUUCAAGAAGAGACAGAAAUGUGGAAGAUACGGGAGAUGGAAAAACAGAGCCAAGAUGUGCCGUGGGGCAAGAAAAAGUUUCCUAACAGUUCCUGCAGCCGGAUGCGCAGCGAUGGGUUUGACGAGGAGGCUGCCUGGAAGGGAAGGGACUUGGCUUCUGUGUCUGUGGAGACGGAAGACGACCUUCGGCAUGUCCGAUACUGGAACAAGAAGCUCUACGAAUACGAAUCUAACAUGCCCGACAGAUGGGGCCAUAGUGGCUACAGAGAGUUGUAUCCAGAAGAAUUUGAUACAGACAGUGACCGAGAGAGAGAUGAGCAACACUCUGUGAAUGGAAAAAGAAAAUCUCAGCCCGAUAAGUCAUCCUCUCUUGAGUUGCGCAAAAGGAAAAAAGCCAAAAAGUCUCACAAGAAAAAGCAGAAAAAGAAAUCGCACAAGAAGCGGAAGAAGAAGAAACGGGAACAGCCGAGCGCCACAGCAGAAUCUUCUCAGGCAGAGUCAGAGUCGUCAGAAGUGAACACAGGCAAAAAGACGCGGAAGCGCCAUCGAAAAGCCGUAAAGGCCUCGGCCAGGGCACCAGCCUCUUCCUCGCGAGAAGAGAGUGACUCUAGCCAGGCUGACAGCUGCGCCUCCAGCAGCUCUGGCGACAGUGAACUGGAGGAGAAGGCAGAGAAGCAGCCCAAGAAAAAAAGGAGGAAACGCCGUUCUCCUGCAUCAGAACGGGGAGGCGAAAAAGUGCUGGAGAAGCGCAGCAAGCGGAAGAACUGGAAAGUAGCAGCCGACGAGAACUCAGAGGACAGUUCUGACGAGGACUAGCA